CAUGUGUGCGACAGAAGAUGACCGCAGACCCCAGUUUGGCAACAGAUUUCUGACUGAUUCCGAUAAAGUCUUCCAGCACAAUGCUUGAUCAUGGCAUCAAUUGAAAAACUGAUUCAUAGACUAGGAUGGCUGUCUAUUCCUCGUUGGCGAAUCAAAGUUCAUUUUCAAAGAAAAUCGCUGGUUUCCUACCCCUGUAGGCACUAUGAUGGCGUACACCACAAGUUGUGGGAUAACGUCGUUUGGAGCGAGGAGCAGAUGCAGGAUGCACAGAAGAAGGUGGAAGCCAACUCUAGUGAAUUUAUGAAUCAGGAACAGCAAGAGAAACUGCAGAAAGAAGCCGACAACCAGUGGGAUGGUUUCUAUUCUCAGCACCAGAAUCGCUUCUUCAAGGAUCGUCACUGGCUCUUCACCGAGUUCCCUGAGCUGGCUAAGACAUCGGCAACGACCUCGCAAGAUGAACUAGUACAGACCGCCCCAGAUGCAAAACCUACCAUUCUCAAUUCAGAUCCAAGUUCAGAGGAAUCGGUGAGUCCGUUAAGAAACUCGGAAAGUGUCGGGAAGGAGAAUGAAGGAGCGGCAAUUUCAAGUGGAGCUACAGCAAACUCUGAGUCGGUCCCCGUGAGUCAAAUAGCUUGUAGAUCCACUAAAGAAGGCGUGAUACAAGACUCUCAAAGUGGAGUGAAUGUUGUUGAUUGUUCUGUUAAUGAGAGAACUUGUGGAGACUCCACCAAUCGGCUAGAUGUUGCCGACAGCGAGAGGUUUCCUGGCUGGGAUGCCAGGACUCGGAUCCUGGAGGUGGGGUGUGGAGUUGGCAACACCAUCUUCCCGAUUCUACAGUCCAAUAUUGAUCCAGGUUUGUUUGUUUAUGGGUGUGACUUCUCCAGUGUGGCAAUAGAUAUCGUCAAGCAACAUCCCGACUUCAACCCAAAGCGAUGUCAUGCCUUUGUGUACGACGUCACAGACAGCGGCGCAGCUUUGCCCUUUCCAGAGGGUAGUCUCGACACAAUCAUCCUCAUAUUUGUCCUGUCUGCCAUUCAUCCGGAAAAGAUGCAGAAGUCUAUCAACAAACUAGCGAGGUGUUUGAAGCCAGGCGGGCUGAUCUUACUGAGGGAUUACGGGAGAUAUGAUCUGGCUCAGCUCCGCUUCAAGAAAGGUCGCUGUCUCUCGGAUCAUUUUUAUGCUAGAGGUGACGGAACCCUGGUCUAUUUCUUCACUCAAGAUGAGCUCCGAACUCUCUUUACCAAAGCGGGUCUUCAUGAAGUGCAGAACAUCGUCGAUCACAGAUUGCAGGUCAACCGUGGUCGCCAGCUAACAAUGUACAGAGUCUGGAUGCAGUGUAAAUACCGCAAACCGCUGAGUACCAGCCAACUGGCAGAUGUGGACAAAUCAUGAUGAGAACAUAAAUGAUAGUCUUGUUGUAUCUCGUGUCUCACUUAUUUUUUGUUGCCUUUGAACAUCCUUCAGUCAAUGGUAUUCCUCGAGUGAUAUUGCCCUUUCAUGAUAACUUGUACAUUAUGACAUAUGAGAUUGCAUCAGUCAUAACGAAAAGUCUUUGUAAGACAUCUGCUCUAGAUCAGCAAAGGUUGUGGGUUCAAAUAUCACCCGAAUAAUAUGCCUGGGAUUUCUUUUUCACAGACAUUGGGAGAGUACUGAGUAAUAAUCAGUAUACAGUACUUGCACACAUCGGUGUAUGAGUAACACCAACUAAUAUGUAUACUAUGGAUCGUAUACAUACAUGUAUGAUUCGUGGCACUUUUUAAGUAUAUAAAAUAGAUCGUACAUGUACGACCUUGGCACUAAAAGAGUUCAAACACACAGGAACAGGUAUGCUAAUUAAGCUCUCCCCCCCCACAAAGACACAACAAAACAGCAUAAACCAAAAUCUUAUUGAGUUAAAAGAUAUCUUUUCAAAGCUGUACUUUGAUUUGCUACCUAUAACAAAUCCAUGACAUUUUCUCUGAUGAUCUUUUUUAACGCAUGAGAGCACAGUCUGAACAAGGACUUAAAAGGACGGUACACUUUUGGUAAUUGUCAAAGCCAAGCAGCCACACUUGGUGUAUCCCAUCAUAUGCAUAAAACAACAAAUCGG